CGCCCUAGUUCUGCUUGCAAGCUUGGCCGCCACAACGACGUCGUUUUUCAGAACCAUCCCGCAUUUUGAAACCAGGGUCCAGGCUUCGUUUAUAUGGACUAGGGUUUUAGUAAGAGCGGACGAUGAGGAUGAUGGUCGGCUUCCUCCGCAAAGUCGCUCUGCUUCAGGUGAGGUUUACUCUCUCGGAUUCUCCAACCCUACAAAGCUUGCCUUUUCUUCACUUCCACCACCACCCAUUCUCAUCUUCAUCCAAAGCACACUCAUUCACUGUGUCUCACCUCAUAAACUCAUGUGGCUUCUCCCAUCAAGAGGCUCUAUCAGCUUCCAAAUUCAUCCACUUUGAAACCCCCGAAAAACCCGAUUCCGUCUUUUCCUUCUUCAACAGCCAUGGCUUCUCCAAAUCCCAAACCUCAAAAAUUGUUAGAUCACAACCUCAACUCAUUGUAUCCGACCCCGAGAAAUCCCUUUUGCCCAAACUCCAAUUUUUCUACUCCAAAGGCGUUUCUAAGCCUGACGUUGCCAGGAUCGUAGUCUCUACCCCAGCCAUCUUGAAACGAAGCUUGGAAAAUCAAAUCAUCCCAUCGUAUAAUUUCUUCAAAGAUUUCUUUCAAUCCGAAGAGAUGGCAAUGGGUAUUGUUAAACGCUUUGCGCGGAUUCUACUGUUUGAUCUUCACACCUAUGUGGAAUCUAAUAUCAAUGCGUUGCAAGAAUUUGAAGUACCCAAAUCAAAUAUUGCUGCAUUGCUAAGGCACCAGCCUAGGGUAUUCAUGGUGCGGCCAAAUCAGUUUAGGGAGAUUUUGGAGGAAGUAAAGAAAAUGGGGUUUGAUCCUUCACAAAUGAAGUUUGUUCUAGCAGUUCAAGCAAUAAGAGGGAUGUCAAAAUCAACCUGGGAAAGGAAGAUUGAUGCUUAUAAGAGUUGGUGCUGUUCUGAGGAAGAGAUUCGUUUAGCCUUUUUAAAGUUACCCUGGUCUAUGGUACUUUCCGAGGAUAAAUUAAUGGCAACAAUGGAUUUCUACGUCAAUAAAAUGGGGUGGGAGUCUUCUUUCAUUGCUCGCCGGCCGGUGCUUCUCUCGCUUAGCUUGGAGAAGAGAAUUAUUCCUCGGUAUUCAGUUGUUCAAGUUUUGUUGUCAAAAGGUUUGAUUAAUAAAGAUAUUAGCCCAAGAGUUCUGUUUGAAUCUACUGAAAAGAAGUUUAUGCAAAAGUUUGUAAAUCUCUACAAGAAAGAAGCUUCUCAGUUAUUGAACUUGUACCAGGAAAGGAAAAAGUCAAUCUUCCAGAAAAAGCAAGAUUGUCUCCCAGAGGGAAGGGGUAGUUUUAGAAUUUGUACACCCUGAAUCAAAAAUUUUCUGCACCUUCCCCUGUGUGGUUGAUUCUGCUGAAAAUUAUUUGGUUCUUCACCUUUAUACAUCUGGCAAUAAUGUUCAAUCUGAUUUUAUAUGGUUUUGUGAGGAAAUCGAUCAUCUUUGUGUUUCAUUGGGAGCAUAAGUAAAUGAAGCCAAUGAUGUAGCUGAAGAUUGUUUGUUUCAACUCUGAGAAUCCUUUCAAUAACAUGGCUUCUUUUGAUAGCAGUGGGUGGUCGAUGAAUUGACGAGACCGCCUUGCCUUAUGAGACCAGGAAGCAAUCCUCGAAGGACUGCAAUUGGAAGGAAUUAGCACUCACCCUAAGCAACCGCAGAGAAGGAAAACAACUGGCCUUAGAUGAUGGAGGAAAGAAAGAGGUUUGGUAAGCUUUGCUUGCAAUCUUUAAUUUUACUAUGGGAUACUUUAAAGGAGGAAAGCAAAUUGUUUACCUAACUUCCUCACUCCAGAAUGCUUGCAAGACUCCAAAAAGAUCGACAAUGCCUUCUUAUGAAAGGGAGAGAAUCUUCUUCUAAGCUAGCCUUCUACUUUAAACUAACUAUUACAGAUGAAAUAAGAGUGUUGUUGCAUUAAUGGAGCUUUAUCUCAAA